AUGAGUUCCUCUGCCUCAUCACCGACUGAAUCUUAUCUAGCCACCGCCAAAACAACUCUCACGGCGGUUGCAUCGGUGGCAGCAGCCGCAAUGUUAGCUCGAGCAGUGGUAGAUGAUUACAUGCCAAGCGAGGUUCAUGAGUUCAUCUCUUGUGGCAUCCGCAGAUUCUUGGGUUACUUCUCCUUUCAAAUGACAGCUGUAGUCGAAGAAUUCGGAGGAGGUCUCGAGCAAAACGAAGUAUUCGAAGCUGCAGAGACUUAUCUUGCCACCAAGAUCUCUCGUUCCACUAGAAGAAUCAAAGUGAACAAACUCGAAAAACAGAGCAACUUCAGCGUCACCGUGGAGCGCGACGAGGAGGUCGUGGAUACUUUCGACGGCGUCAAGCUCAGUUGGAUCCUCCACGUCGACAAAACGGACUUCCGCAACCCUCGUGAUCUGAGCUCCAGUUUCAAAUCGGAAGUGCGUUACUACGAGCUCAGGUUCAACAAGAAGUUCAAGAACGCGGUUCUUGAAUCCUACUUGCCCUUCGUGGUGAAACAAGCCGCUUCGCUGAAGCAAAAGGCCAAGACGCUCAAGAUCUUCACUCUCAACUGUUACUCCGCGCAGUGGACCUCCGUUACUCUGGACCAUCCUUCCACGUUUCGCACUCUCGCCAUGGAUCCCGAGUUGAAGAAAGGAUUGGUGGAGGAUCUCGACUGUUUCGUGCAGCGUAAAAGCUUCUACGAGAGAGUCGGAAAAGCUUGGAAGAGAGGUUACUUGCUGUAUGGUCCACCCGGUACAGGGAAAUCGAGCUUGAUCGCAGCCAUAGCCAAUCAUCUCAACUUUGAUAUCUAUGACUUAGACUUGACAUCGGUUAACAGUAACGCUGAGCUAAGGAAGAUCUUGAUGUCUACUGCAAACCGUUCGGUUCUAGUUGUGGAAGAUAUCGAUUGUUCAAUAGAGUUGAAGGAUCGGGCUAGUGAUGAUGAUGAUGGUAACGAUCCGCUGCAUAAACGGGUCACACUCUCUGGUCUAUUGAAUUUUGUAGACGGGCUCUGGUCAAGCUGUGGUAACGAGAGGAUUAUAGUGUUUACGACUAACUACAGAGAAAAAUUGGAUCCGGCACUGUUGAGGCCAGGACGUAUGGACAUGCACAUUCACAUGUCGUAUUGCACACCGGCUGCUUUUAAGGUCUUGGCUUUGAACUAUCUCGAGGUUGAAGACCAUUUACUUUUCGAGACGAUUGAGGGAUUCAUCAGGGAAUUAGAAGUUACACCUGCAGAAGUAGCUGAACAGUUGAUGAGGAAUGGCUCAGUGGAUAAUGUACUUCAAGGAUUGGUUGUGUUCUUAAAUGCCAAGAAAGUUGAAAAUGAAAAGAAAUUGUCAAAAUAG